UAUUUGCGCAUACAAGUUGGAAGCUAUCUAUCGAUUUCGUGAAUGGAAGCUAUUAGAAAACAGGCCUCCAGACUCCGAGAACAGGUCGCCAGGCAACAGCAGGCUGUUCUGAAGCAGUUCUAUGGAGGAUCAGAUAGUGUUGUGGCAGAUGAUGCUGAGCUCCAGCAGCACCAGAAACUUGAAAAGCUAUACAUAUCCACUCGUGCUGCCAAGCAUUUCCAGAGGGAUAUUGUUCGUGGUGUUGAAGGUUAUAUAGUUACGGGGUCCAAACAAGUUGAGAUAGGAACUAAAUUGUCAGAAGAUAGCAGGAAGUAUGGUGUUGAAAAUACAUGUACCAGUGGCAAUACAUUGUCAAAAGCUGCAACAAAUUUUGCCCGAGCUCGUGCUCAAAUGGAGAAAGAACGUGGGAAUCUGUUGAAAGCCCUUGGCACGCAGGUGGCAGAACCAUUGAGAGCUAUGGUAAUGGGAGCUCCACUCGAAGAUGCUCGCCAUCUUGCGCAAAGAUAUGAUAGGAUGCGACAAGAGGCAGAAGCUCAGGCUGUUGAAGUUGCCAGAAGACAAGCCAAAGUAAGAGAAGGAACUGCUCAUCCUGACAUAGCUUUGAAACUUGAAGCAGCUGAAGCUAAAUUGCAAGAUCUAAAGUCAAAUGUAGCCACACUGGGGAAAGAAGCUGCUGCUGCUAUGGCUGCUGUUGAAGCUCAACAACAAAGGUUAUCACUGCAACGGCUGAUAGCCAUGGUUGAAGCUGAACGAGCUUACCAUCAGCGAGUUCUUCAAAUUCUUGAUCAGCUGGAAGGCGAAAUGAUGUCUGAGCGCCAACGAAUUGAAGCAGCUCCUGCUCCAAGUGUGGAUAGUAUGCCUGUACCUCCAUCAUAUGAAGAAGUAAAUGGUGUGUCUACUUCACCAGUGGAGAACGGAGUAACUGAUAGCAUGGGCUACUUUCUUGGGGAGGUCAUGUACUCAUAUCAAGCUGAAUCAGAUGUGGAGCUUAACUUGUCAGUUGGAGACUAUGUUGUCGUUCGAAAGGUUUCAAACAAUGGCUGGGCUGAAGGUGAGUGCAAAGGCAAAGCUGGUUGGUUUCCAUUUGGAUACAUAGAGAGACGUGAUCGCGUUCUCGCAAGUAAGGUUGCUGAAGUUUUCUGAAGCGUACCAUGGUUUUGGUUUUGGUUUCACCAUGCGCUCGUGCAUGUGUAUCAUUUAUGCACUCAGUCACGGAUACAGUAAGGGUACUUGCCAGCUCCCUUCGUGUUAUAUAUUACCAGUUGCAAAUUUUGCAGAUUGAUGUAAUGUGUGCUGUUUUCUUGUGGUACAUUUUUUAUGAGACCUUUUUUCCGAAAUUGCCUUUGGGAAACCUUAUCCAUUUGUUCUGUAAAUCAGUUGGCUUUACCAAAAAUCAGGCCUAAAUGUUUUCCUACCGCAUUUUUCAUUGUUCCGUACAUUGGUUUCUGUUCUAGUUACCCAGGACUCAUUUUUAUUUCAGCAACAUAUACUUUUUCAGAAAACUGGUCUCUGUAUCAAUUGUUUUAUUGGCUACACGUGUUUUCCCUUGUGCUA